CCACACGGAAGCCAAUUCUUGGAGAUCUCUUCUUGCUGCAGAAAUGCCGAGGCCACAGCCAUUGCAGUUCAUCGCCAUCAUCCUUGUUUUAUGGCUGCAGCUUUUCAUCUACAUCUCUUACGCCGAUGUGGGCACGGCCGCGUGGUAUGCUCCGCCGUAUUUACCCACAGCGUGCUAUGGCAACGAUCAAACGCAGUUUCCGACGAGCAAUCUGUUCGGAGCCGCAGGUGAUGGCGUAUGGGACAAUGGCGCUUCUUGUGGGAGACAAUAUUUGGUGAGAUGCAUAAGCGCCUCGGAGCCCAACACUUGCUUAGCCGGCGUCACUAUUCAAAUCAAGAUUGUUGAAUAUGCUCUUCAGUCUGCCUCUCAGCCUUCUGAUUCUGGCACCACCGUUGUUUUGUCACAGGCCGCCUUUGCCGCCGUCACCAACUCCUCCUCCACCGCUUCUUCCAUCAAUAUUGAAUUUCAACAGGUGUAAUAUAUAUAUAUAUAUAUAUAUAUAUAUAUAUAUAUAUAUUCAAAUCAACAGUUAAAGCAAGGGUUUGAGUUUGGAAGAAGGUAUGCGAAGGCUCAUCGUCUUUAGGACAAAGAAUGCUUGCUCUUUGUGGGGGUAUGAACAUAACUGCGAAGAUUUUAAAAUAAACCCUAAAGGCUCUCCGUCAUUCUUUUGAUGAACACGAUCAUCAGAAGAUGAUUGCUAAGUCUUAUAAUAUCAUCGUUGUAAGAGAAUUUCUAGAGUAUAUUUUUAGCUUGCAUUUUUUUUUUAAUUAUGUAUUUUGAUUGAAAUAAAUAUUUUUAUAUGUUAAAUUUUCAAUAAAAUUAUGUA